AUGGAAGUUGAUUUUAACUUGUCGCAAACGCUGACAUCGUUUGCUGACAACAUUGACGCCUUUGAGAUUGAUGGGAAUAGGAAUCCAGAAGAUUUUUUGGAAGUUGUCACACAGGAGCUCGCCGUUAGAAGCGAUGCGAUCUUGUACGAGGAAUUCUGGGAUCCUCUGAUGAACCUGACGCAUUGCUAUCCACAACUCGAAAACCGCCUUCAAUACAAGCUAGCGUACUUGAUAUCCAGUACCUUGUCGCACCACACUAGCCAGACACACCAAGUGGUCAACUCCGGAGACAUUGAUUUGUUCGCUACACAUCGCAAGAUUUUAGAAUUGUAUGGGUACUUGAUCCACGUUCUUCUUGUAUACCUAGGAAGAGAAGAAACAAGUUUAAAGACUUCCGAGGGGAAGUAUCACUGGAAUAAGACAAACAGCGUUAUUGAAAACAUUCUCGUGUCCAUUAUCGAUGUAUUCAAACUCAAACUCAAUUUGUUAUUCGAAACAACCCCGGAACGCAAUUUAUUCGUUGGUACCCUAUUUCUGAACCCGGUGAACGCCCUGCUGGAGAGUCCCGAAAGAGCAAAAGUUGUCACCGUUAAGAUGCACGCUUUUAAAGCUAUCUGCAUGGCGAUCAAACUCCAUGGUCAAACAUCACACGUCCAAAACGCUAUUCUGCAACAUUUGACCUACUUCCAGCAUUCCAGUACCGUGAUGGCAGAGCUUCUUGACACUUUGAGUAGGCAUUACGAUCACCAUAAUUUGACAGACGAAAUCUUAAAGGAAGUGAGCGGGCGUCAAUUCAAUGAAAAUGACACAAAUGGUCCUAAAGCUAUCAGCACUUUCAUCGUCAAGCUUUCAGAACUCAGUCCAAAAAUUGUUAUGCGGCAAAUAUCUUUGGUGGCUCAGCUCCUUGAUAACAACUCGUUUACCUUGAGGUGUGCAGUUGUCGAAGCAGUGGGAAACAUAAUUACAACUCUGUCAAAGUCACAAGAAGAGUAUGAUGAGCACAAAACACAAGCAGAUAGUUUUCUGGAGCUUUUGGAGGACCGCUUUCUCGAUAUCAACCCAUACGUUCGCUCAAGGGCAAUACAGGCGAUUACAAAGUUGACAGAGAUGACUGUUAAGUUUGUUGAUCGAAGACUAAGAUGGACUAAACUGGCUGUGAGGCAUUUAGAGGACCGGUCAGGAAUUGUGCGCAGAAAUUGUAUCAAACUGCUUACUUCGUUGAUACUGACUCAUCCUUAUAAUGUCAUGCAUGGUGAUAGGCUUGAGCUAACUGUCUGGGAAAAGCGUUUGGAAGAAACCAAAGAAAAGCUUAAAGAGUUACAGCCUGACUUAUUUGAAGAUGAAGAAAAUCAAGAGGAAGAAGGAGAGCAGAAUGAGACCGAUGCAGACCGCAGCGACGACGACCAAAUGGAUGUCGAUGACGAGGAUAUCGAGGAGGGGGAUGAAACAGAUAAAGAAAAGUCUGAGAAGUCUGAAGCAGAAACUAAUAAAGAGUCCGAAUCAGAAAAAAAGACAGAGACAUCAAUCAUUACCUCGCUGGCCAAUGUCGACCCUGCUGUCUUGAAUAAGGUUUCUCUCACCUAUCAAUAUUAUGCUGAUGCUGUUGAGUUCAUCAAGCUAGUCCAUAAGGCUACAACAUUGUGCUGCGAGUUAUUGUAUUCCAGGUCCAAAAAUGAGGUUAUCGAAUCCAUGGGAUUCUUUGUUCUUGCAGACGCGUACGGAAUUGAGAACUGCCAAAUAGGUAUCAAAAGGAUGCUGCACUUGAUUUGGAUGAAAGGAAGCAACGAGGAUGGUAAUAUGGUUGUCGACAAACUGAUAGAAUGCUACAAAAAUCUCUAUUUGACUGCCCCCGAAAAAUCAUCAAUGGUACAAAGAUCAUCUUAUCUUGCGUCAAACCUUAUCAAACUCACAUUCAACUCCUCUGUUGCCGAUCUGGCGUCCCUUGAAAAGCUUCUAGGCGAGUUGUAUACCAAGAACUACAUCGACCAUCAUGUUGUUCAGGUGCUGUGGCAAUUUUUCAGCAGCGAUACUUCCACGAAACGGCAAAAGAGAGGCGCAAUAAUAAUUCUCGGCAUGCUUUCUGUUGCAGACCAUGAAAUUGCACUGAAGGGGCUUGAUUUGAUUUUGAAUGUUGGUCUCAACUAUAAAAACACGGAUUGGAUUCUCUGUCGAUUUUCGUGCAUAGCACUGAGAAGAAUCGUGCCGUCUAAGGCCUCUAUAAACGGCUAUAGAAUGACCAAAGAGGACGAGGCCAUUCAAAGACUUUCAGCGGCCUUAUUGCAGUAUACAGCAGAUGGAAACUGGUUUGGGAUGGCAGAAGAGGCUCUCAACUCCAUAUAUGUCAUAUCAUCAUGUCCCGAUGUGGUCUGCUCCAAUAUUUUGAAAUCCAAAGCCAACGAUGUAUUUUCGUCCGAAUCUGAUGAGUCCCACGACAAGGUGGUGUCUCUUUCGCAGCUCUUGUUCCUUAUUGGCCACGUUGGGCUGAAAACCAUCAUUCAUCUAGAGAAAUGUGAGACUGAAUUUAAGAAUAGAAAGAUAGCAUCCGAAAACAAGAAAACCGAGCAACAGAAUGAGCUGGACAUGAUCGGAGGUACCACUGAAGAUGAUUUUACAGAUGCAGUGCAAGUGGUGAAGGAGAAGGAGCUGCUUUACAGCGAGACUGGUGUGUUGGCUCAAUUCGUUCCUCUCGUUAAAGAAAUUGUCACACAUCCAAAAGACUACAACGACAGGAGAUUACAAAGACAAGCAAUCCUUUGUUUGUCCAAACUGAUGUGCAUCUCUUCGAGAUUUUGUGAAGAGAAUCUUGCUCUAUUUCUCAAGAUAAUGGAAACAUCUGAGGACCCUGUUGUUCGGAGUAACGCAGUCCUUGGGCUGGGUGAUAUGGCCGUCUGUUUCAACAACGUCAUUGACACGAGCAAAGACUUCUUAUAUGGCCGUCUUCAGGAUAAAGAUAUUAUGGUUCAAAGGACGUGUUUGAUGACGGUGACUUUCCUUAUUCUUGCUGGUCAGGUUAAGGUCAAAGGUCAACUGGCACAAAUGGCAAAAUUGUAUGUGAACGAGGAUCCCGGAAUUGUUGAUAUGUGCAAGUUGUUUUUCACUGAGCUUGCUACCAAAGACAAUGCAAUAUACAAUGGGUUCAUUGACAUGUUCAGCGGACUUGCGGCUGAUUUCGAGCUCUCGAGGAAAUCGUUCAAGGAGAUUAUCAAGUUUGUUGUUCCGUUCUUGGACAAGGAUAAGCACAAGCAGCAGUUGGUUGGCAAACUUUAUCAACGGUUGAUCAAAGUUGACGACGAAGAGCAAUGGAACGACCUUGUUUUUGUGAUAAAAGAGAUAAUACCGAAGCAGGAAUCCACGAGGAGAGAGAAAGACACGCCGAAAACAAAAAUCUACGACGAGGUGCUAACCUUCAUAGAGCAAGGUUUCCAAAGGCCAGGACAGAAGGAAUAG